AUGGAGGACGUCCGACCGACCGCGAAAUGGGCAAAUCGCAUGUUGCGCCCGUUGACGUCCAUCUACCAUCGGCUAGAAAAGCACCAUGAGAUCCUCUCAUCGAUCGCGCAAUCGAAAUGGAAGGAACGGUCCGAGAACGCCGACGCUGAGCAGGCGAAACCCCGGACGGUCCGCAGUACCGAAGCGAGUUGCCAAUUCUCAGACGAAGAACCGGACGAUCCUGCCUGGGUGCCAGGAAAACAGGAAAAGCGUCGCAUACGACACAAUUAUUCGAGUCGAGGGCAGAGGAAUGGUGGACGACGGCGCAGUAGGUUGUUGAUCCGCAGUCCGGAGUUGCAGCGGACCCUGCCUGGCGCGAUCGACAUUGCGACGCCUUUGAUCACUGGCAAGGUGCGACAGACGUGCGAGGGAUCAUCUAUUCGGAAACGUCUCUUUAGUGUGGACGUGCCUGCGGCGCCUGCUCAGAGUCAUGCUGGGGCUACUGGUCAGCGAAAGACGACACGAACGAAAAAGAGCAGUUUUCCGGCCUACCAGGGUUCUUGGAAAGAGGUCCUCGACUUAUCCGGCGAUGCAGGGCUUGUGGGUAUUGCGCACUUGUUGGAUCGUAUUUUUUUGAAGUUUUUGCAUAAUACGCGGGCUUUUGCGCCAGGUUCGCAGCAGGGGGGCCCCGGGGCUCGUUCUUUGGUAUCGAUGAUCGCGCGGCGCCUUCCAGAGUUUAUCGCGGAUGAGCAAAGAUUCCAGGACGAGACCGCCGAGGACUCUGAGGUGGACAUGUGCGAUGCCUAUUUUACGGAAUUAGAGGCUUACUACGCGCCGAAUGGGAGUGGCUGGGAACCUCUUCGUGAAGCCGUGCGCGCACAAGGCAUUCACUUGGUUGUACGGAUGAUUGAGAACGGAUGGCUUACAAAAUUGGUGGCUUGCCGACUUAUGGAGGAAUGCAUGCGGCAUGGCGAAGCUGAUGCUUUUGAAAUGAUAAUUUCAAGUUGUUUGUCAACUCUCAACGCAUACCACUAUCCACCUGCAUUUGAUCCACAAAGGCCGUCGACUCACUGUGACGACCCUGUAUAUAUGUUACGGACCUAUUACUCACGGUGCGGAGGGCGGGCUUUUGUGUACAACGAGCUGGCGAAGCUCCUUUUGCGAAGAGUGGUGCCGCCAGAAUGGAUGGUGACUACGUGGUGGAAGAAGUGUGUAGACGAAGCGAUCAUAUCAGUGUCAACGGAAGAUAGCUACUCCCCGGCAGCAACGCAUCUCAUCGAAGCCAUUCUUCUAUCAGCUGGGGGCAUUUAUCUAUCCACAGAAGGAACAGCUUUGCUGGAAAAGAACCUGAACCAAAAGCAAGUACUGCACUUGAAAGACACUCGUGCCUCGGUCAUGACAAGUCUGCGGGCGAAUGACUCGACGCCGUGUCCGAUACCAGUUCAAGAUGCUCUGAGCAAUCUCGUCUCGAGCCUUGUUACCGCGCUCUGCGGUAUGCACAUCGCGCGGUCGAAUGCUUCAGAUGCAUCUGAAAGACUUGUUGGCAUCAAAGCCAGACACACAAUCAAUUGCCUGGCGUUGACAGUGGAGAGGGAUAUUGGAUUAAGGCAUCGACAAGACGAUGGGGAUGCGCCAUCCUACCAAUCUUUGCGACGCGGGUAUCUCUUGCUGGGCGACUGCAUGCUUCAAAUUGGCGAAGAAACGCCCUCUAACAGCAGGCCCCGAUGUGAUCCCGUCUCGAAACAGCGCAUUGACUCCUUCUUCGAGUCACUAGCCCUGCAGCAAGAUACGCUCAAAGAACUUUCGGAUCUCGUUCAAAGAGUCUCUCGCUAUUGCGGGCAAGGUGACGUGCGCGAGCAGACCCGAACGUCUCGAGCGGUUCGGACUAAGAUCUCACAGCUGGCUCGGCAGGCAAAUGCCCGUGGGUUAUCCUAUUUCCUUGGAAGAGUGGCAGCGGAGACGGCAAUGGCGCUUGCAGAGAAGACCUUGGAUCCGGAUGACCAUGUUUGGGCCGUUCAGAUCCAAGAGAGCGUUGUUUCGGCGCAGCAGGGGCAAUGCGUCAAUGCGGUUUUCUCGGACGAAUCUGAAGAACGAGCCGACCGUACAGGACUCUAUCGAUGGGAGGAAAGUAUUGGGGAAUGGAUCGCAAGCACUCCCAAGCCCAAAGGUGGACAUACGAACUGGAAUCGAAGCCCGGUGGUUUCAGAAGCAGGGAGAUUUUCAAUCAUUUCCUGCUCGGAUAGGAGGGAGUCAGUUGUCUCUGCCGCUUCCGAGCGCAGUGCUUCGAGUGUCACAUCGUCGGCUCCAUCUCUUCCGGCCAAGAGGACGUAUUCAGGCAAUGAGCUUGCCCMGCGGCCUAUCAAGAAGCUGCGAUCACGAGCUGUGGAGAUAUACGCUGAUGGUGCACAAAAAGGAGCAAGAAGCCAACCGUCCUGUUUAACAUCAGUACGUUGCUCGUCAGCUGAAGCACGCUGUGUCCCAGUAGCCGCCCGUACCAGGAGCCCGCGGGGCGUGCUUGGGGAAUUAGUGCAAGCUAAGAACGUCCCGAACCGGGCAGUCGUCGGGGAAUUGACGUCGGCGAAUCUAUCUCCCAAAUUGGAGGUUGUUAUCAUUAAUAGGAAGAACUCUUCCUCACUGGAUGAACCGAUUGACCAGGCCACCGAUUAUGCACUCGAAACUUGCGCUCUUCCACCUCGACAGCCACGCCUCCCCAUCAUUUCAAAGCCAGCGAAUCCUAAGCGGCGCUCAACCUCUCGUAUACGUGCUGUUCMGCGCUUGAGGGUCAUACCUUGCUCCCAGGAUGAUGAGAGUGAGGACGAGCUAAGCUUCCUUUGA